AUGGCAGCCGAGGAAGAGGCUCUGUACAAGCCUUAUGAUCAAUUCAUCCUCUUUGGGGAUUCUAUCACCCAGAUGUCCAGUGACCCCCACAUGGGAUUUGGCUUAUUUGCAGGACUGCAGGAUGCUUACAGCCGACGCCUGGAUGUGAUCAACCGCGGGUUUGGUGGUUAUACUUCUGGCCAUGCCAUCAACGUCUUUCCCAAGUUCUUCCCCACGCCAGAAAGAGCCACAGUGCGGUUCAUGACUAUCUUUUUUGGAGCCAACGACGCAUGUCUCCCCGGCAGCUCUCAACACGUCCCAUUGGACGUGUAUAAAGAGAAUCUAACUCAGAUCAUUCAACAUCCUGCAACAGUGGCCCAGAAUCCCCAUAUCCUCCUGCUGACUCCACCCCCUAUAAAUGAAUACCAACUACAGGGGUUUGACGAGUCCAAGGGAACUGUCCAUCCCAGCCGAACCGCCGCUUUUACUAAGCAAUAUGCGGAGGCAGUUCGCGAGGUUGGCGCCUCUCUCGGCGUCCCUGUAGUGGAUGUAUGGAAAGCAUUUAUGUCUGCUGUUGGCUGGAAGGAGGGUGAGCCGCUCCCGGGCUCGAGAGAUUUGCCAAAUCUGGAUCAAUUAGCGCGGUUUUUCACUGAUGGUCUACAUUUGACAGCAGAUGGAUAUCGGGUAGUGUUUGAUGCGAUCAUGGAAACGAUUCGAGCGAAGUGGCCAGAGGAAGACCCUACUGCAAUGGGUAUGAUUUAUCCCCCGUGGACGGAGGCGCCAAGGUAG